UCCCUCCCUGGGGGGCCACAGCAGCAGCCGCCUCAGAGCCCGAAGGAGCAGCAUGGCGGGCCCGGCAGCUCCCCUUGCGCUCCCCGGACCCCUGGCCCUGCUGGGCGCCCCCCUCCUCCCCCCCCUCCUCCUCCUCCUCCUCCUCGCCCUCUCCUGCCCGUCCGACGUCGCCGCUGAAGAGGAAGCCAACUACGUGGAGCUGCUGAUCUUCCAGGAGAGCUUCCCGGAACCGGGCUCCAAGGCGGCGGCGGAGGCGGGCGAGUACCUGCAGGAGUUCGAGGGCGAGGCCAUCUUCCAGGUGGACUGGGCCCGGAGGACCGUCUCCUGGAACCUGCCCGACUUCACCCGCUUCGGAUCUUUCGAGGCGGCCCAGGGUCUGGGCGUCCUCUCCGUGGCCAAGAACAACCUGGAGGUCUACAUGAAGCUCAGCAACAGGACGCGCGCCCGGAACGCUGCGCCCUCGGCCAAGGUGUACACCAAAGACCCCGUGGAGCUGGGGGACCCCAACAUCCUCGUCUGCUUCGUGGACCAGUUCUCCCCUCCAGUGCUGAACGUGACCUGGCUGAAGAACGGGAAGGUGGUCUCGGAGGGGGUGAAGGAGACAGGCUUCCUCCCCAGCGCAGACAACGCCUUCUCCAAGUUCUCCUACCUGACUUUCGUUCCAGAAGACGGAGAUUUCUACACCUGCCGCGUGGAGCAUUGGGGGCUUGAAGGGCCCCUCACCACCAUCUGGGUGGGAAGGAGUGCUGGCACAUUUCUGGGCUCUUUCCUCAACCCACCUUCUCCCAUAGAGUCCAAGGGACCCCCUUCCCUCCCGGAGACAUCAGAGAACGUGCUUUGCGGCCUGGGCCUGGCCAUCGGCAUCCUGGGCAUCAUCGUGGGCACCAUCCUCUUCUUCAAGGCCAUGAGGAUGACUGAUCGUAACAUCAGCAGCAGACGGAGCGGUGGCCUGUGAGAAAGAGGGACCUCCUUUUCCUGCAACUGCCUCCACAACAACUUCACUAUUGCACCCAAGGCCUGCUUCCCUGCCGCCAUCAGCCACAAGAGCCCCCCAUUUGCUCUCUCCUGUCUCCCCCAUAGAACCCCACUGGAGACCCAAACCAAAGAGACUGGAUGCAACCAACUCAGAGCUCCACCAAGAUCCAUCCACCUGGCCACCAGCAACUGGUGUAUUCCAGCAUCAGCCACAGAAGUAUCUAUGUGAUGAUUGAGAUUGGUUGCUGCUCUUAUGUGCCUUGUUUUUGAAUUUGCUUUGCCUUUUGGUCAAGGUUUCCUCAGAGGAGCCUUGCCAUCUUCUGAGGCUGAGAGAGUGUGACUUGCCCAGGGUCACCUACUGCGCUCCCACGGCCAAGUGGGUCCAGAUCCUGGCCUCCAGAGCCCUCGUCCGGCACUCCAGGGCCCAUUACCAUCUCCUUUCAAGCCUUUCCCAGUUCUGCAUCUCCCUGAGGGAACUCUCUCCCCUAAUUCAACCAGAAGGAGAAGGAGGCACCCAGCUUAUUUCCUGAAGCUAGAAUUGCAGAGACCCUAAAAUCUCUAGAGACCUUGCCUUCUAUUACUCUUCCAGAUUGAUUUCACAAAAUCUUAACGUUGCCUAUCAAACAUGUCUUUUAAAAUCAAGAGCUUUAAUGGCAUACUUAUCAAUUGUAUACUGUUUUAAAUCUGUUAGAUUGCUUUUACUGUGCACAACCCUGAGACCUUUGAGUUAAAAAGGUGGUGAAUAAAUAAAUACAUAGCUGGA